CGCUAUUUCAACGCGACUGUGAGAAAUUACACGAAAUCUCGAAUUUGUCUCACGUCGAGGCUCUCGUUGGAUAUUCCCUCGGGAAGUAUCGACAUUCUCGGGCGAAGAAUACUCGCGGGGAUGCCUGUGCGAAUACGAAGCAGAACACAAGUGCUGCGAUUGGAUUUUCGCGUUUGUACGGCGUGUGCCAAAAUUAUCCUUCAUUGACUGGAAUACAGAGUUUGCACAAACUUGUGAGACCGCGACUGUUUUCGAGAGAGAAAAUUUGCAUGUCGCGCGGUGUCGAAAUCGUGACGAAUUUGGAAAAGAGUAGGCGUGUAAUCUCCAAAGACCCGUACAAUCUUCAGCGAAUUUCCCUCUCUCUCUCUCUCUUUCCUUCUUUUUUUCGUUAUGUGACAUCAUUCGUCAGCAAUUUCCAUCGAGACAGGAAGAAAUUAAUAAAUCGCAUACGAUCUUCAGUAGGAAAAAUUCGAUUCUUCAAUUGCAGUUUUACUUUAAAAAGUUUUAUUGUUACAAUUAUUGAUGCAUAAAAGUCUUUUGAUAUUGGAUUCUAAUGACGUCAGUGAAGUUAAUAUUAGCGACGAUCUUAUUUGAUGAAAAGUGAAGAAUUAGAUCAUCAUUCGAAACGCUGCCAGAACAUAUUUAUAGUACUAAUUGAAAGUACGAGAGCACUCAUUGCUGAAUUAUGCAACGGGACAAUCGACGAAUAUUAUAAUCAGCAAUCAAUAUAAACGAAACCACAAUAAUCGAUUCAAUAAUCGAUGAAAUUCCUUAAAAAAAGAAAGUCUUGUCUUAAACGUAUUUGAAUUUCUGCCUGCAAGACAAACUCAUAAAAUUCCUCAUUCAAAGAUGGACCCAGGUGCGAAUGAAUUUGUAAGAUAACUUGAAUCAUUCUCAAUAAUUAAUUCGAAGAUGGGUUUAUUGCUGUCGGUGUUGGUCGGCUGCGUCGGAGUCUUGGAGCUGCUGGCGUGUCUGCGACACGCGUCUGACAGCGUAGUGAUCAGCAUCAGUCCGCCAACACCAUGCCUCUCGUAUCACGAGCCGGCUAACAAUGACAUUCAGAGCAUCCACGAUUCGCUCUGCAGUUUCAGCCACUCGAUCGACGUGAGACUUCCUCGCGACGCCAAGCACAAGCUCGAAAACUUGCACGAGUACAGUCUACGAGUAAGAAGCGAGCUCCGAUCGUUGGGCAAGAACUUCGACGGCCGAAGCACGCUAUCGGAGUGCAGCACCAGAUACUUGCUCGGCGGCGGCUCCAGACCGGACUCGAGACUCAGUCCGGACUCGAGGAUCAGCCCGGAUUUUAGUUAUCUCGUGCGAGAGGACGAUGAAACGUGGAUCGUCCAAGCCGAUCGGCAUUACGACGAUGAUAACGACGACUAUAUCGAGACGAAGAGAUUCUUGGAGGAGAUCAAUACGGAAAUCAGAGAAAGCUUGCAGCAAGUCGCGCGAUCGCUGGCCCCGCCGGAGCCAAAAAAGUAUGUCAGGCUACCGACGCCGAUCCCGUUCGCCCACGACGAAAACAAAAUAUCUGCCUCCUCGAGCGAGGUGGACACGUCCUUCGACAAGGACUCGGGCAACGAGGCGCCCACCAUGAGUUCCUUCGACGACAUCCUUUCGAUCAUCAAAAGGUACAGGGACUCGCAGUCGGCGUCAUCGGUCGACGAGUCUGAUCACGAGGAGAUAAAGCUCGCGCGAAGAGCACCGAGGAAAUCAUCCUCCAAGUCUCCAGAUUUAUCGAAGAAAUCGAAGAACGUCGAUGUUUCCAAAAAAAUGAAGAAACUCUCGAACGAUCAUACGAAAAUUGACUGGACCGCCCAGGAGCCAGCUGUCGAGGAGAAUAAGACAACGAAGAUUUGCGCGACGAAGAAGACCUUCGUCAGCCAGAAAAAACCGAGAUCCGGCAAAUCCUCCACGACGAUCUCGAGAAAGCCUACCAGACUGAAGUCCAAGAACGCGGAGAUCAGUAAGUCAGCGGAGAAUUUGAGCACGAAGAAAUCGAGGAAGAAUCACGAUCCGGAACGUCGCAAGUCUGACAUAUCCGUGCAGACGGUGUGCGAUUUAUUGAGGGACAUGUCAACGAACACAUCUCCAACUAACAGCCCGUCGUUGUCCAGGUCGGAGAGUAAGAAGAGCGUCUCGGUAGAAGUACAGACCGUUUUGGAGGACAUACUGUUCGACGACGAGGUCUUGGAGGAGCUGGUUAGCAGCGUCAUCGGACUGUCCGAGAGCAGGCGGGACUUGUCCUCGCGAGGUAGCUCCGCCAGAAAAUCCUUCAAGAGCAAAAGGUUUCGGCCGUCCUCCAGCUCGAGAGAUCAGUCGGAUGAUCAGGAUAAACAGAUUUACACAGCGAUCAACGCCGUCACCUCCGUGGAAAGAUCGCGGAGAGACAAGACGAAGACGUUGAAAGUAUCCAGGUUCGAAAACGCCAGCGAGGAGGACUACGGAAUAGUCAGGGAUGUUAUUUUCGACAGUUCGAAGGGAUCGAGCGUUUCGCGGAGGAGGUGGGAGGACUCGAGGUCGAAAUCAUCGCUCGAAGACGACGAUGAAUUCGUGGACGCGGAGGAUGUGAGUUCCGGAAGGCCACCUAUAGAAUACACGAUACCUGACACCGAUCAGAACAAAGCAUUCUGGUUGAUUUUCAGUGGCGAGUACACAAAGGCGAUGAACAAGGACUGGCACAGCGGCCACUUCUGUUGCUGGCAGUGCGACGAAUCCCUGACAGGACAGCGCUACGUUCUCAGAGACGAGCAUCCCUACUGCAUUAAGUGUUAUGAAAGCGUUUUCGCCAAUGGCUGCGAGGAAUGCAGCAAAAUCAUCGGCAUUGACUCUAAGGAUCUGUCGUACAAGGAUAAGCACUGGCAUGAGGCCUGCUUCCUCUGCAACAGGUGCAGAGUGUCCUUGGUGGACAAACAGUUCGGUAGCAAGGUGGACAAGAUUUACUGCGGCAACUGUUAUGACGCCCAAUUUGCCAGCCGUUGCGAUGGAUGCGGCGAGAUCUUCCGUGCUGGCACCAAGAAGAUGGAAUACAAGACCAGACAAUGGCACGAGAAGUGCUUCUGCUGCGUGGUCUGCAAGAAUCCGAUCGGCACGAAGAGCUUUAUCCCGCGCGAGCAGGAGAUUUACUGUGCCGGAUGUUACGAGGACAAGUUCGCCACCCGGUGUGUUAAGUGCAACAAGAUCAUCACCAGCGGCGGCGUGACAUACAAGAACGAGCCGUGGCACAGAGAUUGCUUCACCUGCAGCAACUGCAACAACUCCCUAGCGGGACAACGAUUCACGUCGCGCGACGACAAACCGUACUGCGCCGACUGCUUCGGCGAGCUGUUCGCCAAGAGGUGCACCGCUUGCUCCAAGCCGAUCACCGGUAUUGGUGGCACUCGCUUCAUCUCAUUCGAGGAUAGGCACUGGCAUAACGAUUGCUUCAUCUGCGCGGGCUGCAAAACUUCGCUGGUCGGACGUGGCUUCAUCACCGACGGCGACGACAUCAUCUGCCCCGAGUGCGCCAAGAUGAAGCUGAUGUAAAGCGCGCGGCUUCACGACGUCGAGAUUGACAACGGGAUCGACAGCAGAGGGGCGAAGGGAGAGAAGGAACGAGGAGCAAGACGCACUUCCGAUCGCGGAAUCCGUAUAGUCAAGCGGAUUUCCGUUGCACGCCAUAAUAAAUACUGCGUCGUCGUGAUCUUACUGGCCGUCAAAUUCGAACUCGAGACGCACGCAGACGAUAGGGAAAACUUCGCAGAGCCACAUCGACAGACGAGAUCGCGGGGAGACGUAAUGAAAAUUAUAAAUGAAAAAAAAAAAAAGAAACAGCAGAACCUUCGCGUUAACGCCGCGAUAAUUUUUGUUACGAAUAACCGACGUGUUUUGACGGAGAUUUUCCGCGCCGACUUUCUUUCAGAGGUAAUGGCAAAGCUCUCGAGAAUCCCCUGACCAAGUCCUCGGCUUGGUCAGCACAGUGACUUCACGAUCGCCGAAUUGGAUCGUUCGGAAAGAGAGGCGGCGCGAGAGAACGCGAGAAGUCGUUUCUAGCUUCGUAGUUGUAGCGACAUUAGUCUAUUCGUUAUUAUUUCGUUCUACGUGUAUUUAUGAGAACACUGACGCGAAUCCGCCUGUGUUCGAAAUGAUCUUGCUCGAUCGUCGCGUCGGGCUCAUCGAAGAUUGAAAGAGCUGACAAUGAACGCGGGAGAGAAGGAAAAAUAUAUAUAUAGAAUGCGCAACCAGCGAGCUUGAUGAAGAGAAAUCAAAUCGCCUUACUUGUAAUAAAAUCUAUCGUUAAUGUGAACACGUCGAUUAGGAUAUAAUGAAUAAGCCUAAGCGCUCCGCGUGCUCUCGUGAUGUUACUAAUAUUAAUAACGUUUUUUUUUUGCUUUGUACAAUGGUAGAGAGAUAAACGCGCGCGUGUGCGCACAAAGAGAGUCCUACAUAUUAUUAUAUAUAUUCUUAUGAAGAACUAAAAUUUGAUAUAUACGUAUAGCGAUGUUAUUUCUAUUUCGACUCGCACUCGCGCGAGAAAACGCGACGGUCUAACACAUACACGAUUCACGCUACACAUCGACACUAAUCUACCCGAUUGACUACUACUUUUUCCUUCUCUUGCCUUCUUUGUACGAUGCUAUUCUUCUCUCAUAUUUAAUAAUCCGUAAAUAACGCCAACUGUUUAUUUGCGAAUCAACAGUUGCCAAUUGCUAAUUUGCGAAUUAUGAAGCUUACCGCGAAAUGAGGAAAAUCGAUUAUUGAUUUUCUAUAUGUGUUAAAAAACGUGUUCUCCAAAACUAUCGAUACAUAUGCAUAUUCGGAUUUUGGGAAAAAGUUAUUUUAACUAACCGAAGAAAGGGUGGAAAUUCUUCUUAUCAACCAAUUUAUUGAUUUCUGUACGCGUUACACGCGUGCCGUUAGUUGGAGCAGGAUACGAUAAACAAUAUGUACGUGUUUCGAUUUCACGAUAUCCCGACUCUCUUCUCUUCUCGACCUUUCUCUCCCUUUCUCUCGUUCGUCGAGAGAAAUAGGCGCGCAACGUCGUAGGGAUCCAUCAUCGUCCCCGUGUGAAUCGCACGCGCGAGCACACACACGGCACACAUACGCACACAUGCACACGGCACACGGCAGACGUACAUACAUACACGAUACACACAUACACACGUACGCAUGCAAACACUUUUUUGCAAUAACAUAUUAAAAGAAUUUUGUUGAAAAAAAUUACGAUAAAAUAGGGACAAAGCUCGCAUCUACACACAUGCACGAGCGUACACAAAUAUACACCCACAUAUGAAUAUACAUACAUGCGAACGAGUGUGCGGCGGACGCACACGCGGAAAUACUAAUUGUGGCCUUAUCCGCACCGAAUACCAUAGGAAUAAAAAAAAAAGGGAACUAACUUACAGUAAUUUACUUCGUUAUGAGAUAUUUAAUAUCAAAUCUAUUGUUAUACAACGCGAAACGAAGGUAAGUGUAACGCCGCGCGAACCGAGUCCACGAACACGGGAACUGCGAGACCAAUUCGAACCACGAACGUUCCGAAUUGUUAAUCGCAACCAAUAUAAGUCACACACACGUGCUAUAAUAUUAUAUGUAUGUUAUCCGACGGAGUCACUUACACACACUAAUCGCCUUAAUUAGUAAACGAUAAAAAAAGAGAUUAUUCUAUAUUCAGCGUAUCCUAUACACUGUUACACUGUAAAAUUGAUAAAUAAAUAAAUGUAAUUAUUUA